AUGAGUUAUCAAGACAUGUAUCACGACGCCGCACGAUCCCCUGGCUCCCAGCGGCAUCAGCAACCCCUACACCGUCAGCCUUCUCGUCAGUUUGACGCCUACGGUCCCAUGCCUGUCAACCCCUACGAGGACCAGAUGGCCCGUUACGAUUCCGCUCGCCUCGAGCGUCUCAACCCGUCCCUGCAGAACAACUACGGUUACGAUAUUUCCGGCUCCCAGACCUGGAAUCCCAACGGUUUUGCCAACGCACAAUCCCUGGGGGGCAUUCGGUCGGCUUCGGCAAGUCUGAAGCCAAAUGCCCGUGGACGUUCCGGCCUACCCACUACCUGGCUUGACCAGCAGCCGAACAUGCCCCAAGCAUUUUCGAACCUCGGACCCGGUCCCAUGCAGAGCAGCGCGAUGCGACCGGAAGCCUCAGCAUCAUCUGCUGACGACGACGAAUUGAUCCCAACCGCCAUCGUCAUCAAGAACAUCCCCUUUGCCGUGAAAAAGGAGCAACUAGUGCAACUGAUGACCGAACUGAACCUCCCCCUUCCCUACGCGUUUAACUACCAUUUCGAUAACGGCGUUUUCCGCGGACUGGCAUUUGCCAACUUCACCUCGGCGGAGGAGACAGCCACUGUGAUUGAAGUGCUCAACCACUUUGAGUUGCAGGGUCGGAAAUUGCGAGUGGAGUAUAAGAAGAUGCUUCCUCUUCAGGAACGGGAGCGCAUUGAGCGCGAGAAGCGUGAACGACGUGGCCAAUUGGAGGAACAGCACCGACCCAUGGGCGGUCCCCAACUUCACACUCAGAGCUCCAUGUCUUCGCUCGCCUCGCACAUCCCGGCUACUUCUCCCUCGCCCGUGUCGCAACGCGGCCAGAAACUCGAUGUGGACUUAAAUGACACCCAGACCCUUCAGUACUAUUCUCAACUUCUUCUUUUCAAGGAAGAUACCGUUCGCGAUUCCGUGAUCUUCCCUCACAAUUUGACCCCCUCCCAGCGUCGCACGGUGCACACUCUGGCCCACAACAUGGGCUUGGGCCACGCUUCUCGUGGCAGCGGUGAACAGCGGCAGGUCCAGGUCUUCAAGGUUGCCGCAGGCGCCAAUGUGAGCCCGCCGUUGUCUUCUAUCCCGCCUUCAGGACAAUCAAGUGAAACUGCUCGUCGUGGCUUGAACCGUGCGGCCACCAUUGACUUCAGCGAGGCUCGCAACGAAGGCCGCAACGAAGCUGGACCUGGUGCUUUCAACACCCUGCGUGGACAGAACUCUGGAUUCCUGGGUGUGCUAGACUCUCCUGGCAACUUUGCCAACGGCCAGAACUUGCGCGCUGCCAAGUCCUUUGCCGACCUGCGAUCCUAUACUCCUUCUCCCGUGCCUUCCUCUGCUAGCUUCCCCGCCGCUCUGCAGUCGAACGGUGCCCGUAUUCAAUACGAGGGCGCACCUACCGGCUCCUCCAACACUCCCACUCUCACGCCCGCGCAGUCUGGCUCUUCUCUUGGCAUGCAGCGUGAUGACAACCUGCUGGUGAACAGCCUGGGUGGCCUUUCUCUUGGUACUGGUAUCGGUGGGCCCAACUCGAGCCCCCGUCGCCUGCGCGGCAUGUUCUCUUGGGAGCAGGAUAGCCAGCACUCCAAUGCUGGUGCUAUUGGCAGCAACCGCGGCAUGGGCGUCGGCUACGAUGGCCAGCAGGAGCGCAUGCCUAUUCGCCAGCCUCGCGGUCCUACACCCGACAAGGGCACUGGCUUUCGCCGCCAGAACGGACACCAAGCUCGCGGGAGUGAUGAGCUCCGCACCAACUCCGGCGUAGAGAUCAUCGUGGAGUAA